GGUUGUCAAGAUGGCGUCUCCGAAUGGAGGUGAGGACUUUGAAUCCUCUUUGCUUAGUUUUGAAAAACUUGACCGGGCUUCACCUGACCUGUGGCCAGAGCGGUUACCGGGUGUCUCAGAGUUUGCUGCAUCCUUCAAAAAUCCCAUCACAUAUUCUCCACCCAAAUGGAUGGCUGAGCUGGAGUCAGAAGAUAUUGAGAUGUUGAAAGAAUUGGGGAGUUUGACCACAGCAAAUCUGAUGGAGAAGGUGAAGGGUCUGCAGAAUCUGGCGUAUCAGUUGGGCUUGGAUGAGUGUUUUUCCAAACUCUCCUGCUAUCUAAAACUGAUAGUCCUUCCUAAAGCUGGCUCUACACUAGCAGACUCAAAACAACUCAUUUUGGCCAAGGGUGUCACACAUGCAGACUGUUUUGCUGAGAUCUCGCUCUCUUCAGUCAGAGCCAGAGAAAUGACAAGAGGGAAAUUCCUGAACAUCUUGGAGAGACCCAAAAAAUGAAGACAUAGAAAAGACAGCAACCUUUGACUGUUUGGGUCAGCUACCAGCUGAUUGUGGUGUUAGAAAGGCAGUAUAACAGUAGCAUGAUUUAACUAAGAUGAGGCCAGUUUGGGGUCAAAACAUCAUAACAAUGCAUAAUUUUUGUAUAUAAAUUUGCAACACUUUUUUGAUGUUCUAACAGAAGUUGAGUAGAAAUUAUUGGUUAGCCUAGUGGUGUGCUUUUCAAUACAUGUUCAUAAUGUAUUUAUUUUUCUCUCUCUCUAGUGUUUAAUGCAGUUUAAUACAAUUUAAGUUGUUUAAUAAAUUUUCAGUGUUGUUUGAAUGAA